CGAGGUUAUCGAGAGAUACUUUGACUCAAAAUUCCGAAACUAAUUACGUAAACGAUUUAUCCACAUUCUAAUAAGGGAUGUCGUCGUCUUCUAACCCACCUUCAUUUUCGACACCUUCAGUUGAAACUAGAAAAGCGGGAAAAAAUCACAGCAUGUUUGCAUUGAAUGGACAAGAGUUAACUACAGAUAUAGAUAAGAUGAAUGAUUCUAUGAAGUCAAAACUUGCAGAAUGUUUUUCUGAAAAUUGGAAAGAAUUGGCUAAUUUUUUUUCUUUACAAAAGAAUAAAGUUGAUCAAAUUGAUAAGGAACAAAUAGAACCAUUAGCAAAAGCAAAUCGUGUACUUGAUUAUUGGAUUACACUGUGUCCUCAUACGUACAAUGUCAAUAGCAUAAAAAAGAAGUUAAGAAGCAUUGGGCUGAAAGACAUAAUUAGUUAUGUAUUUGGAGAAGAUAAAGAAGAACGCAGUAAUCAAACGGAAACUUCUGUUCCCAAAGUUGAAAGCCUUUCUUUUCAUCAGAUUAGUUUGCUUGCUAACUUACUAGAUCCUGAUUAUGGUUGGGCAGAAUUUGCCAAUUUCCUUUUUCAAGAUGACAAAGAAUUCUUAAAAAAAGUAGAAGCGCUUCAAUAUGACUAUGCAGGCGGGGGUAAUCCCGUUGAGAAGUUCUUGAAACUUUUGCUAGAAAGAAAGCCAUUGUUCACUAUAAAAGAAUUUUUGCUUGUUUGUGAAAAGGUAAAACGAGAAGAUGUCAUACUCUACGCAGAAAAACACUUUAAAGAUAUUGAUUUAGUUAGCAAAUUAGAUGAUACACAACUUAGGAAGUUCGCCGGUGUGAUUCGUGGAAAUAUUACUCCUAGUAAUUGGGCCGAUAUUGCAUGUCAGUUUGAGUUUUCAAAGGAAGAUUUAAGGAAUAUAGAUCGUGAACGACUGAUUCCGAAUAGUUAUAGUCCGACAGCAAAGUUAUUUGAAAAAAUUCAACAAAGCUACCCAGAAAUAGAGUUACAAAAGUUAAUCAUUGUAUGUGAACAAAUCAGAAGGAUUGAUGUUGCAAAUAAACUUCGUGAGUUUUUGCUAACUCCCUAAGUUUAUUGAGUCAGAAAAUCUGCUCAAGAUAAAUUCAUUGAUUUUUAAGUUAUCUUGUUUUGUAUAUUUUUUUAAUCUAUUUGAUUUGUUAAUAAUUUUAUUAAAUUUUUAUUGCUAGGUAAAUAUUUCUAUUUUAAAUACUAUUUUUAAUUUUAUUAAAUUUUUACUUCUAGUUAAUUAUUUCUACUUUUAACUUUUGAAUGCUUUCUACUUUUAUUAAACUUUUGAAUACCAUUACCAUCUAAUAUAAUGUAUUUUCUCGUAAAAAUUGAUAAAAUUCUGAAAA